UUAUAUUUCACAUAGUGUGUAAUUUAUCUCAACCGAGUUCAUCGUUUUUUCCAAGACGGUCUUGAUAAAGAUGGCCGGAUUAGAACAACGCAAGCUUCCAAAAUCGUCUAAGAAGGCGAAAAGCAGCCUAGACUCUACCCUGGCGAAAAUCCCCUCGAAUAAAAAAUGGGAUAGAAAAAUGAAGGAAAAGGAUCGAAAGCAGCGUCUGAGUAAACUUUCCAAGCAACUUCGUGAUGAAAUAAACGCCGAACAGAAGCUCGCGGUGGAAUCCCGCAAAGCCAAUGCGCAACGUAAGCAAGAAAAUGAGCGAAAGAACAUGGUAGUCCAGACAAUAAAAAAUGAUAACAAAAUUAAAAAGCUUAGCCCCAAGCACCGCCGUGCCGCCCGCAUCUUCAUGCUUCAUGAGCUAUAA